AUGAGAUUCCUAGUUGCAUUACUUAUAGCUUCCUUGCUCGUAGACAAAGCUGAUUCGGAAUUUUAUUUCAUUUCAAGGCAUCUUGUAUCCAUGUGUUUCAUAUUCGCCCGGAGUUGCCUCCAGAAAUAUAAUAUAGUCCUAUCACCACUCGCGUCAAUCCCACAAGCCUCUUAUCCACUCUGGAUUCUCAUUGGAUCUCGUCAUCAAAAUAGAAAAAUUCACAUUGGGUUUAGGGAUAAUCAGGUUCGAACUGAUGACUUCCACCAUGUCAAGGCAAUUACCGACAUGAAAAGGAUGAUUCAUUCGGAUCGAUAUGAGAGUCCCCAACCGCAUUGCAUUGCCAGAACCCGUGUUCUAUAUUGGAAAGAGAGUGGCAGUAAGGAUGACUUAUCUGUCAACUUUUCCACUAUUACCCCUAAAAAAUCAAACUCUGCCUUACAUAAAGUGGCCAGAGUACGCUUAACCUAUGGAUUUGAAAUCACUGCUUAUAUACCCGGUAUUGGCCAUAAUUUACAAGAACAUUAUGUAGUCUUAGUAAGAGGGGGAAGGGUUAAGGAUUUACCCGGUGUGAGAUAUCACAUUGUUCGAGGAACCCUAGAUGUUGUCGGAGAAAAGGAUCGUCAACAAGGGCGUUCUUAA